ACACGUGUAACCACGCCCCAUGAGUCAUGAUUAGGGGCGUGCCUACACGCGCCCUGCCUCGUUCUCCGGGCUGAGCGACGCAGCAGCAGCAGACUGAGAGUCACAGCGCCGCCUGUGGUCGCGCUCGCUCGCUCAGUGCUGUUUUGUUGUUUUUCUCAGCGGGCGCGCUGUGGCCGUCAUGGACCCCGGCGGCACCACCAUCCUGCGGGUGAAGCGGAAGAGAGGGACGGACCCCGCGGACGCGCUGCUCUUGGCCUGUAAGCGGAUUCGGGCCGAGUCCAGCGCCGCGCAGCCCGAAGCCCAGCCCGAGCGCAUCGAGAACUCCGUGUUCAAGCUCGUGGCCACCGUCGCCUCACAGGAUGCCCCGGUGCAGACACAUGUGCGUGAAGCCCUGUCACGUCCACGUCUCGCACACGCUCUGCGUCCGUCUCACGGCAGCUCCAACAGGAUCAUCGGUCACUUGCGCAACGCAAAAUGGAGCACCAGGCGAGAGGAACGGUACCGGAUCCUGUCCAGCCACCGAGCCGGGCUUCCUGUAGAACCUCUUAAAGAACAUGGACUUGAAGAGAACCCUCAGACAGAUGCAGAACCUCAUUUGGGAGAUGUGCAAGUGUUUGAUAUUGUUCAGGAAGAUGUUGAGGAGGAUGAGAACGGUCCUGAGAAGAACAAGAAGUCUGAUCCUGAGACUAUUCUGUGUAACUCGGUGAAGAUGAUACGUGAGAAGCUGAGUGUGUCAACUCACGGGCCUGGAACUGGGCAUCGUGAGAAGGAGGAUGACUACGUUUACGAUUUGUACUACCAGGAGACAGCCAUGCCCGGCUGGAUUCAGGACAUCUUAUCGGUCAGACCGUACACUGAAGAAGGAGAGCUGGUACCUGAUGAGGUUGUGUGGGAGGAGGAAGUGUAUGAGGAUGAGGAUGAUGAAAACGCUGAAAGCAACUGGAGAAAUGAUUACCCAGACGAGGAGGACAGUGAUGAGAGUGAUGAAGAGCGCUAUGAAGGUUGUUGGAGUGAGGAGCACUCGUACAGCAGGAGGAGCUGGGAGCGCUAUCAGAGGGAGGUGAUGAAGGAGCUUGAGGAUGAGGACAGAGAAGAAUACAAUUCUGACUGAGGAUGUGUUUUUAUUCUAAUGAUGUGGGGUUUGUGUGCCGGGUGAUGCAUAUAAUCGUGCAGUUUUGUUUUUUGUGCGCGCGUGAGUGUUAGUGAGAUGCGUGAUGUUGCUGUGUUUAGUGAGCAUGUACACGCGCAUAAACAUUCCCCCAAAAAGGGCAGUGGGGAUUUUAUGUAAAUAUGUACAUGUGUAUAAACCAAAAUUAAAGUUUUUGAAAUUCAGAAA